GACGCGUGUGUGUGUGUGUGUGUGUGUGUGUGUGUGUGUGUGUGUGUGUGUGUGUGUGUGUGUGUGUGUGUGUGUGUGUGUGUGUGUGUGUGUGUGUGUGUGUGUGUGUGUGUGUGUGUGUGUGUGUGUGUGUGUGUGUGUGUGUGUGUGUGUGUGUGUGUGUGUGUGUGUGUGUGUGGCAGUACACAUGGCAACCGCUGCUAACACCAGCUUAGACUCACUGUUUAGCUGCGGUUUGGAGUACAGCUAAGGUUACUGUGCUAGCUCGCUCGUGCAGGUUUCAGCUAACUUGUAAUGGCUUUUUGCACUUCCGAAUACUUCGAAACUAUUGGAUCUAUUCAGAACACUAUACACGAAAGGGAAAAGAGAAGGCAUGAGUUGGAGGAAGAGUUUUUCACCCACGCAAGAUCAGAAGAAAGACUGGCCAGGCUAAAAUGCACCAAGAUGUGGCACUAUCAUAGGGAGUUGUGUAAGAGAGAGCAGCAAGCAAAGACUCGUAACCUUGAGCUUCUGAGAAGUGCUGAGAGCCUGGUAUUAAAAGCGAAGGAAUGCUCUGUAGACUACACUGUACUGCAUCACUUGAAGCAGGAAUGUAAAAAUCGCAUUGCAAGGCUUCCGGAGGAGAGGAAGAAGAGGGAACGCGAAAGAGGACUUGACGCACAAAAGCAGGAACAAAGCAGGUCCCUUUCUCUCGGUACUGGGCGAAUGUCGUCUCAACCUGCUAUCACCUUAAUGGGUUGGCAACCCCUCAAAGACACUUUGGUGGAGGAUGGCAUCAUGAGCGCACAUUCACUGAUGGAGCCAAAACCUAAUCACCCUUCAUCUUCUUUGCUACAAAGCAGCCCUUUGAUGAACGCCCCAGUUUCAAAAGCCAGCGGCAACAAAUCUUUAUCUGAUGACAUUCUAAACUCCAGUGAUUUCCCUGAAAGGCAACCGUUGUUCGAUUGUGAUCCAUUUGUGAGCGAAAUAGAGGUGUGCGGGUCAGAACAGCUGGCUUCUACUCACGUGACCUCGAAGGCAUCUGGAGUGUGCUCUCAUCAUGGAAGCGCCAGCAGGCCAAAGAGCAGUGCGUCACUGCAGAGCCAUCUCAGCCAGAGUGCAUCCCCAGAUACCACUCACUCAACAGGCUCCUCUGUGUGCAGGAACUCUAGAGAGCCGACAUUACAACGUCAUACACCUGUUCCAGAUCAGAGUAAAAGCAAAAGCUCCAGUAUCGGUAGCUCUGAUGCAGAGGUCACACCUGACCUUUCACUUGACUCCAGCAGAGAUGUUUUAGCUUCACUUGGUCCUGGCCUCCAUGAGCAGCACAAACCCAUGAAGAAUGUCACACCCAUUCAAGGCUCUAAAAAUGGAGUGGAGUCUGGAGAACCUCUUUUCCCAAAGCCAGAACAGAGACUGUCACUGGAGGAAUUCUUUUAUCUGCUGGACAGCAUUGAGGAGCGACUCCCUGCUAGAGACACCGAGCUGUACAGUAGCUCUGCAGUCAGUGAACAGAAGCUCAGGGAGAUUAUUAGCCUGUGUCGUCAGCGUAGAGAGCUGAGAGGAGAGGAGCUGCGUGCAUGUGGAGCCGUGGUUCUGCAGCAGUUGCCCUGGUUGUUAUGGACCACAACUCAUGGCUGCCUGCUACACAGUGAUCUGGUUAACAUACACUGGUCCACUGCAGUAGAUCCAGCACACAUCAGGUCGUGUCUGUCUGGUGAUAGCGUUGCCCUGUGGGAGCGCUGGUUCACGCAUGCCCUUCAGCUGUUGCAGCAAGAGGUUCUUUCCCUCAACAGCAUUGUGCAGCUCUUCUCUCCGCUCCUAGUGUACUACAAUGCCUCCUACGCAGACAAGGCCGAAGUGCUGCUGAAGAGGCUUUUGACCCAUGCGGCUGAGACUCAUCACUCAACGGAGAGUGAGGACUCCUCAUCCUGCAGCUUACCCUUGCUUUUAAAUGACAUCGUGGAGAUCAAACUGGUCAGACCCUCCAAGAAAUCCAACAGCUCCACUGGAACGCGCGAAGAACAAAGUGAUGAAGAGGACAGUUCCAACCAAAGCCCUGUGGAAAGUCUUCCUAUUAGAGAGACAAAAGCAUAUCAGCUGCUUAAACAAUCAAUCACACAAGAGAACCAGUGGCAGAGCGCACAGAAGGAAGAGGAGGAGGAAGAUGGUUCAGACUUAGAGCCAUCAGGUUUAUCAGAUCAGGAAAAAUCUGGGAGUAGCAAGAGGCUUGUUCAAGACAUGCGAGAAAGGAGCAGAAUAAACAAUAUGGGUAUAUGAUAACGUUGAGGACGCUGAUAAAGAUGAAGACGAAGACGACAUUGUUAAGACCUGAAUAGACCCUGUGCUGAUGGAAAUUGAAGAGGAAGCCUGUAUGAAAAGUAGCUUGGGCUUUUGCAUAUGCAUUGCUACAGAUCAAAGGCUUGCCAGGGGUCACUCAUUUACAUAGAGAUAUCACUGAUGCUAUGGGAACCCAGCAACCCUCUGCUCAGAACACUUAUGAAUAAAGAGGGCCUUGACUGGGUCCUUCAGCACAAUUAGAAAAGGAGUCAAGGAAGUUUAUUUGGCCACUCGGCUCGUUUGCAAACAGCCUUAGCAGGGAAAUGGCAGGUCUCUGGAUUUGGUCGGCUUUCCAAAAAUAUAUAUUUACAUUGUUUAGUUUUCAUCAGAAAUUUAGAACUGUCAUGUUAUCUUUCAUGUUUUUGUUGGGUUUUUUUUG